ACGCUCGUAGCUGCUAUGGAAACGCUGCACGCGCUUUCGGCUCUUGAUGACGAAGGUCUGCUAACUCGGCUCGGAAGAAGGGCAAGUGCAGCAUGCUUACUCAAUUUUUUUUUCAAAAUUGAAUGGAAUCACAAGCAUCUGAUAGUCGGUAAGGCGGUUGAGAUCACUGGUUCCUCAUCUAUCGCUUAUCAUCUUAUGGCCGAAUUUCCCCUGGAACCCAUGUUGUCCAAAAUGCUGAUUAUGUCCGUUCACCUGGCCUGCUCAGAAGAAGUCCUCACUAUUGUCUCUAUGCUCUCCGUCCAGAACGUCUUCUACAGACCCAAAGAGAAGACCGAGCUCGCCGAUCAGCGCAAGGCCAAAUUCCAUCAACCGGAGGGCGACCAUUUGACCCUUUUGGCCGUGUACAACGCUUGGCGGAAUAACAAGUUCUCGGCACCCUGGUGCUACGACAACUUUGUGCAGGCCAGGACCCUGAAACGUGCUCAGGACGUGCGGAAACAGUUGCUCGGCAUCAUGGAUAGGUGUGUUUGUAUGUGUGUUACCUUUUCAUUUUGCUCUUCGCCCUGCUUUCGGCUGCUUUCGGCGUUUGCAGUGAGAGACCCGAUUAAAUUUGACCUUCCAGCGCUCCUGUGCAUAAUUCAACACCCAAUUGGGCGUUUUACAUGA